UAAAUUACCUACCUAGAUUAGAUGUAUAAUUAUAUAUAAGCCAAAGUAUACUUUCAUAAUUAGUACACCUCACAGGGAAGGAAACAAAGUUAUUAUUGAUACCCUUUUGCCAAACCUUAUUGAGCUAAGUAUGGUAACUCAUCAAAUAUGGUAACUGGAUAUCAUCAUUUACAAGAGUUCUUGCCUUAAAAAAAUUGUAAGAUGACUCCAUAAAUAUGCAACUCAACCCCAUUUUCCAUCAAACACUCCGUGUUCAUUCUAAGUUAAACUCAUUUCCAUCUCACAUAUCUAUAUAAUACACUCAGAGAACGCACAUGAAGCUGAAGGUAAUUACAUGAUGUUUUAAUUACUUGUUUGAUAGAUUGUAUUGUUUAUAGGGAAAAAUAAUAAAAAGCUUCUAACAUGUUUGAUGAGUGCUAAUUGAUCUGCUGGGGCAUGGUGCAGCAAAAGAUGAUUAUAAGGAUGCCAAUGAACAGCGACAAAUGCAGAUCAGAAGCCUUACGGGUUGUGGCUCGUGCACAGGGGACUAUAAUCUCCGUGUCGAUAGGAGGGUUGAAUGGGGACGAGCUGGUCGUGACGGGAGAAGGAGUAGACCCGGUCAGACUGGUUCAGUCGCUCAGGAAGAAAUUCCGGCAGGCGACCAUAUUGAGAGUGGAACAAAUUAGCGAUGACAAAGGAAGCAGUUGUUGGCAUUACAUCGGAGAUUUUUCUCCAAUUCAUGAUCAUGGUUACACAUGGCCGAGGCAACAUUCGCCGGCCUAUAUAGAGUACCCGCAAUACCCAGUUUACCAUGUAGCCCAACAUACAUUGGACCCAUCAGACCCGCCGAGCAUAUGCAACAUCAUGUGAUAAAGAUCGACACCCAUUGAACAGCUUCCUCUGUUUUUCAGCUAGGAAGCUCAAGAAACAAUAAUUCUUGGCUAUUAGAAAUAAUUGAAUUACAUGCAUCUUCUGGUAAUUCAGUCUCUUUGGAAGGUGUUCUUCUGUUUCCUUCCAAUAAUAUUCGUGUCAGUUGGUAUAGUUAUGGCUAAAAUUUUUUGGGUCAUUUCUAAUAAAUCUGUUUGUUAUCUAA